UCUCCUGAGGUGGAAGUGAAACCGGAGCGUCCACUGCCUCAUUUCCUUAUAUUCCUGUUGUGCUGCCGCUAGCUUCACAAACAGCUGAGACUCUUCCUCUGAGACCAGCACCAGAGUUAUUGAAGCUGGAAAUACAUUAGUCUCUAUUUGAAGUCUAUGAAGCAUUGAUGCAAUAUGCAGAGGAAACAUUGGGUUUUUGAAGCAAUGUGUUCCCCUCGUUCCCUCCACUUCACAUGGAUCGUCAUCGGAUGCUAUUUUCUGAUGGGGCCGCAGCAGUGCUUGGCCUAUCAGAAGAAGACGUCCUGCCAAGUGCAGGACGGCAGAGCGGACUGCAGCCACCUCAGCCUCAGUGCCAUCCCUCCUUACCUGCCGGGGAACAUCUCCAGCCUGGACAUGUCCCACAACCGACUGGUGAGGAUUCCCCCUGCGGCACUCAGUCCUUACCAGGGGCUCCUCCACCUCGACGUCAGCUACAAUAGUGUCACCAAGCUGGACGAGGGUUUGUGCCGGACGCUGCCGCUGCUGCAGACGCUGAACACCAAACACAACGAAGUGCACUUGCUGAAGCAGGAGGAUCUGAGUCACUGCACGAGCCUGAUAUGGUUGAAUAUGGCGAGUAAUAGGCUAAAGCUACAGGGGGCGCCCUUCUCCGGACUAAAGAAUCUAAAAUCUCUUGAUGUUUCCAUGAACAAACUGAUGUCAGCGAAGCUCAGCUCUCAGCCUCAGCUGCCCAAGCUGGUGUCACUCAAUCUGGCGUUCAACGACUUCACCACAAUGAAGAAAGACGACUUCUCUUUCCUUGAAAAUUCAGCCCUUCUACAAGUCCUAGAUCUCUCAUCCGUGCCUCUGAAGACGUUGGAGCCUGGUUGCCUUAAGUCGAUUUCAGGCCUGCGUACUUUAAUCAUGGAUGGGAGCAAAAUGAGCGUUCAGGUUCUUUCCAAACUCUGCUCGGAGCUGUCGGCGACAUCCAUCGAGGCCUUGUCUCUACAGAAGAUGAAUCUGGUCACACUCCAAAACACGACCUUUGAAGGGCUGCAGAAAGUAAAUCUAACCUUUCUGGAUCUGUCCCACAACAGCAUGGGUAAAAUAGAGGAAGGAACGUUUCGGUGGCUCCCCAGACUUCAGACCCUAGUUUUGACCGACAACAACAUCAAGCACCUGACAAAGGCCACGUUUCAGGGGCUAACGAGUUUGACAAAACUCACAAUGACAAAAGCCCUGGUGAAAGGUCGAACCUCCGCCACCCCAAUAAUCGACGAUUUCUCUUUCCAAAUGUUAGGCGCCCUGGAGAUUUUAAUGUUACAGCAAACUGCACUUCGCGAAAUCACAGCACACACGUUUACAGGCUUGACGAGUCUUAAAGAGCUUGAUAUGAGCUGGAGUAGUUGCAUAUCGCUCCGAAGUAUCUCCAACAAAACCUUAUUGUCACUUGCGGGAUCGCCUCUCAGAAAACUAAAUCUGACAGCAACAGCUAUGGCACACAUAAAUCCUGGAAGCUUCUCCGUCUUGGGAAACCUCACCAAUCUUCUUCUAGAUUUUAAUUUCAUACAACAAACUCUCAGUGGAAAAGAGUUUGAAGGCCUGGGUCAGAUUCAGGAGAUUCACAUGUCCUACAACCACUGGAAAAUCCAGCUGAGCUCCACCUCCUUCAUCAAUGUGCCCAAUCUGAGGGUCCUCACUUUGGGGAAAAGUCUGAACAGCACAACUUUGAACCUGGAUCCAUCGCCAUUCCAGCCCCUGUCCAACCUCACCUACCUGGAUCUCAGUAACAACAACAUCGCGAACAUCAGACAGAGUAUGUUGAAGGGGCUUGGGAACCUGAAGGUGCUGAAGCUCCAACACAACAACUUGGCGCGGUUGUGGAAGGACGCCAACCCAGGUGGGCCGGUGUUGUAUCUUGAAGGGGCAGAGAAGUUGACAACCUUAUGGAUGGACAGCAACGGGCUAGAUGAGAUCCCACAGGAGGCGCUGAGAGGUUUGACGAGCCUCAAGGAGCUAAGCCUCUCAAACAAUCUCCUCGACAGUCUCAAGGACUCUGUGUUCGACGAUCUGAAGUCCCUGCAGGUCUUGCGUUUACAGAAGAACAUGAUCACAGCUGUGAAGCCUGAAGUGUUCGGCACUCCCAUGAGAAAACUCAGCCUACUUGUCAUGGACAAAAAUCCAUUCGACUGCACGUGUGAGAGCAUCCUGUGGUUUGUGACGUGGUUGAACAGCACAAACACGACCAGUGUGCCAGACCUCAGCGACCAGUUUAUGUGCAACACUCCACUUGCGUACUUUAAACACUCCAUCAUGCAGUUUGACACCCUCUCCUGCAGAGACAACACCCCAUUUUAUGCUCUUUACCUUCUGAGCAGCACCACUGUUUUGAUGCUUAUGGUAACGGCCCUGUUUGUGCGGUUCCACGGCUGGAGGAUUCAGUUUUACUGGAACGUACUGGUCAAUCGCACGUUAGGAUUUAGCGAUGCCACUGUUGGAGAGGGCAGGGAAUUUGAGUACGACGCUUACAUCAUACACGCGGAGAAGGACACCAGAUGGGUGGAGAGGGUGAUGGUCCCCUUGGAGAAUGAAAACUGCAGCUUUUAUUUGGAGGAUCGAGAUGCAGUCCCUGGGGUGUCGGUGCUCCACUCCAUCAUGGAGAACAUGAGGAGGUCCAGGAAAAUCGUGUUUAUCAUCACUGAAAGUCUUCUCAGGGAUCCCUGGUGUAGACGAUUUAAAGCCCAACAAGCACUGCACCAGGUGAUUGAGGCCAGCAGGGACUCUGUGGUUCUGGUCUUCCUGCAGGAUGUGCACGACUACAAGUUGUCUCGAGCACUCUACCUCCGCCGGGGCAUGUUGCGAUCGUGUUGUAUCCUGGAUUGGCCUGAAGAUAAGGAGAGGGUGCCGGCCUUUCACCAGAAACUCCUCAUAGCACUUGGCAUGACCAAUAGAUUUAGGGACUGAAUCUAUUUCUCUAAUAGUCAUGGAAAAUUCCACUUUUCAUUAUAAGUUUGUCCAGUUAUAUCCAAUUGCUGAAAGUUGCUUAUUAUUUUGUCCUUUGUAAUUAUGUAUGGAAUAGUUGUCAUUAACACACAUAUAGUAUAUGUAUAUAUACACACUGUAUAUACUAUAUAUACAUAUACUAUAUAUGAUGACAUUUGGUGUUUGGUGUUUUUUUGUGUUAAUAUUUAAGGAAAAUACUUAAAGCAAAAUGAAAUGUUCUCCAGAAUUGUUUUUAAGUUCAAUGAAAUAUCUAAAAAAAUAUCUCCACCAGGGGGAGUACCUUAAGUGUUUUCUUUGAUGAACAAAAGUCAAUAACACCUUAAUGAAUUAAAAUACUCAUUGACAGUUAUAUAAUCUGAGCGGCAUCUUCUGUUUCAGUCAGAUUAAAUAUUGUGUCAUUCUGACAUCUAGUGGUUGUAGUGAGAAACUACAGCCUUUCUGUACAAAUACCAAAUAAAACUUGAAGUGUUCUGACCAAAA